GGGUUAAGUGAUUUGAACAAAAAAUUACUUCUAAGUUGCUAAAAAAAUUACGUGGGUGGAUAAAUAAAAUUCCUUGAAUAUUACUGAUUAUUCCAACAACAUGGGGUGGAACGAUGAAGUUCACAUAUCUAUAAAAAGCUGAAGUGUCAAUAGACCAAUCAAAUAUAUAUCAUAUCCACCACCAUGACGUUUAAACGUCAGCCCGACGUACAAAAAAUCAACAUAUUUCGAUAUUUUACUUGAUUUGUAAUAUUAAUAUUUAGUAACCAUGUUUUGUGCGGAGAAAAACUCGUACUUGCAGCUGGUCUGCGCCAUGGAGCCACGGGUUAUCAACAAAGCGGUUGAGAGAGCUAUGGGGAAAAAGGUUAUAGACUCGCCUUGUGCCAACGAGCUCAUAUCACCAAUCAAGUGCAAGUGUAAUAAGUACUCAAUUUCAUUGGACCCACCACCCAGUGCCAAAUUCCACCCACUCGGCCUGACCUCAGCCAGACCGUCGACAUACGCGCCUCAUAUCGACAUAACUCGCGCCCGACUCGGUUUCGGCCGGGUAGGCUUGAGACUGCUCAACCGAGACUUGCACUCGACGGACUAUCUCAUACAGCUGCAGGCGAUACAUACUGUGUUGGAUCAGGUGCAAAUAUCAGAGAACGCUAUGUUCCUCAUAAAAAUGAACGUGGUCCACCGCCUGACGGACUUACUGGAUAACAGAGAUCCAGUAAUUCGUGAGAAGGUCUGCCUGAUUCUAACACAUUUGGCAGGCUAUUACCAGGGCAGGGAACGGCUUAACGCUUGUCCGAAUCUCUAUUUCAGACUCAUGUGGCUUUGUAUGAGAGACAGGAAAGAAAUAAGAUUCGCUGCAGCAUACACUUUUAGAACGCUUUGCAGAGAUCGCUGUGCCUGUGAAGCUAUAUGCAAAGUCGACGAUUUAAUCGAUAACAUGCUUAAAAUCAUCAAAAACGAGUAUACAGGAAUCGUCCUAAUACAUUUAAAGAGUUUGAAGAAUCUUUUCGAAUACGAUCCCGUCGUGCCGCUAAAAGCGAACGCGUUUCAAAUAAUGUUAAAGUUAUUUUCAAACGCUGAUCCUAGAAUAGUUUCAGAGGCAAUGGAGUGUAUGUCACAACUUUGCAAGCAUGACGUAGGAAAACUUUUAGCUGACCAGUACGAUUUGACUUUCGUUUUACGCCCAUUCCUGACUUGUAGGAACUAUGAUGUAGUUAUGAGCGCUGUUGGACUUAUGUGUUACACGACUUUGACGAAGCGUUCGAAAUGGCGGGCGAAAGAGGUUACAAAGGAGUUGACAACGAAUUUAAUGCAUUUAUGUCAUGCCCCUGUGAUGCCUUUGCUGCAGUUGAGAACUAUGCAAGUUUUGAUCAACCUUUGCGACUGUCCUGACAUAAGGAAACAUGUUAGAUACUUAUGGAAACGUAAAGUUCAGUUGAUCAUGAUUAGAACUCAUGAGGAGUGGGACGGAACUAUGGAGACGACCAGUAUGGGGAUAGAGACGGGGCAUAAUUAUAGAACCAUGUGUAUAGAGGGCGCUGAGACCAUUAAGAAUGAUUACGGAGAUAAUGCGGAAGUGGUGAACGUGCAUAGUUAUUUGAGGAGGUUGCAGGAAAAGAAGAACCAGCUUUUGAAGGCUAUCGAUUGGACGCCAUACUCGUAGACAUUAUUGUGAUUAUUUCCAUAUGUUUUGUAAUUAAUGUUAUUUGUAUAAUUUUGUAUUAUAAACGUUUGCUUCGCCUGAACAAAUUAUGUGUGCUGAAAUAUACCUGGAAUAUAUGUUUUAUAAAAAAUAGUGCAAGUUAUUUAUACACAGUCUUAAACAUGGGCUUAGAACAUUUAACGAAGUGGAGACGUCUUGUCUGCAAUUUUCUGUACAUAACAGUCGGCUGACUUUUGCGGGGGAGGGGCACGUCAAAUGUAAAUAGUCAUGUCAGAUAAACGUCCAUCCAUACAAUUAGUAUGACGUGAGUAUGACCAUUGGCUGAGGUUUUCGACAGAGUGGUAAGUCUUAAAGGCGACUUCGGUUGUAUAUAUUUUUACCUAAUUUCAA